GCGCGGCCAGUGCGGACUUCGACACUGGCCCUGCAGCCCGCUGCAGCGUCUCUGGCUCGCGGCGUGGCAGUGCGCGGUCAGCGGGAAUGAGCGAUGGGGCAGGCGAGAUGCAUGUGCCCUGGGAAGCGGCAGGCCGCAAAGCAGCAGCUGCAACCUCAAGGCGUUUAUCGUCCAAAACGGGCAACUGCUCAAGCGGACUCAUGAGCGGACUUGGUGCCGAGCGACAACACGCCCACUUCUUGUCCUCCUCCUGCCUCCUGCCUCCUCCGUCCCUCCGCCCGCGCGUCCGCACCAUGGACGUCAACCUUCACCACCACGACCCCUCCGUCGUCCAGAACAAGCGCACCUCCAUCCACGAGCUGCUCAACCCCGUCGGCCCCUCCCUCGACCAGCAGUAUGCACAGCAGCAGCAGCUUCCCAGCCUAUCGCAUUUCAUGCCCCAGCCGCACCCUCAGCACGUACAGGCCAUGCCCCCGCCUCAGUAUGCUCCCCCCAUGAACUCCCAGCCCUCGUUUAGCCUGCGCACUGCGAGCUGGGACCAGCAGGCCACAAAGGACGACCUCGUUCGUCGCCCCGAGGAUCCCAACGCGUGCCGAUUUGGGCCCCCCUCCGUGCUAUCCCAUCAUCCGUACUAUCAGGACUCCUAUCCCCCCGCUUCUCGCCUAGCCGAAGAAACGCACUCCUAUGCGAUAGAUGUCUCCCCGUGGUCUACUGCGUCCGAGCAGGCGAACACAUCCUAUCCCAUGUAUUCCAAUGACCGCACAGCAAUGUCGAGCGCGUCCGUGCCGCGAAGCCCGAUGCCUCCUCCGCACCCAGCAUCGGUGCCCUCUCACUCGCCCACGUCGGAUUAUGCGCCGCAGCCCCGGCACUACGAGGAAGACCCACAGUAUGCGCCUCCAAAUGAUUGGCAGAGCAGCGAUCGCGCUUCCGUUCGACUCGCGCAAGUUCGCACGGCGCCGCCGCAACAACUCCCUCCAAUGAUUGUACCAAUGCACUCCCAACCCUAUCAGGCUCCGACACACGUUGGCUAUGCCCCUAUGUCUUUCGCCAUCCCGGUUUCUCCAUAUCCCCCGCCUGUACCCGCGACCCCCAAGAGGCAAUAUGAGCACAGCGAUGAUGAGUCGUCGUCAAAAUCAAAGAAGUCGCGAUCAACCGUGAAAGCGGCGAAGCCCGCAGAGGGUGCUGCCCAAUCAAGACGCGGCUACAGCGCCAAGAAACGCAACGAAGCCGCACAGAUAGCUGCUCAAAACGCUCAACUGUUGCCUACCGUGUCGUAUGCACACGUGCCCGAGAAAGGGAAGGAGAGGACCGCAAAUAAUAACACUCAAGGUCCCAUGAGGAUAGUGGGCCGUGAAGAAAGCACACAGUUUGAGAAUUCUGGUCCACUCCAUCCGGAACUUCAGUUCGCACGAUGCAUGUCCAACCGCUACCGAUCGGAAGAAUUCCCUCGCUGUGUAUCCUGCACUCGUCGAUGGGCCGGCGAUACCUGUCGCUUUCAGGGGAUACGCUUCUUCCUCAAGAAUGACAAGAAACAGAUUGUAGGAAUCAGCUUUGUCGAGAGCCAGAAACCCGAUGCGCCGACGAUGAACUUCCCUAACAAGUGGAACAUCACCCUAGACAAGCCUCAUACUCAACGGCUAAAGCGGACAGUCGCGCACGCUCUCCUACCCACGCUGAAGAAGGAGCUGGAACAUCUCAGCUUGGACGAGGUUAUCCGUCGUCCGAGGGAAAGUGAGGUCAGGGCAACUUGCGACACGUGUAUGACCUCCAUCUUCUCGAGCAGCUGGAUGUGCCGUCUGUGCGGCCGCGAAGCUUGCGCCGAGUGUUAUGAGCAGGUCAGGGAACUGACUAUCGACCGGGCAGGUGCGCCGGACGCCGAGAUCGCGGCCCUGCAGGCACGCCGCGAGAAACAUGCGCAUAUCAACCCGUUCUUCCUGUCGUGCACGCGACGGAACGAGCACCAGGCGAAAGACUUCUCGGCUAUGUCGCGUUUCUGCAAGUCGGAGCUAGAGGAAGUCAUAAAGGAGAUGGAGGCGAUGCUUCACGAGACCGAGCAAGAGCGCUCCACGCCGGAGCCGGGUCGUGAUUCUUCGCUGUCACCCCCAGGUACAGCGACGACACCACCUUGGUCAGACUCCUCGCCGAGCAGCAGCGUACCUGACACUAGGUAUUCCGCACCCGCCACUUACGCUGAUAGCCCCAGUGGGAGCGUCCCUCCAGAACCAUCGUCCUUCGCAGCGGGUACCAAGGUGCCCUCUCACGUCACGAGGUACUUCGCGGACGGCCAGCUCACGGAUGACACUUUCCGCCGUAUCUGGGCCCGCGGUGAGCCUAUCGUAGUCACAGGUCUGCUCCCGAAGUUCCACGUUCAGUGGUCGCCUGAGUACUUCAUCGCCAAGUACGGUUCGCAGAGCUGCCUCAUUCUCGAGUGCCAGACGGACCAGAACCGUCGCGUGACGGUAGGCGAUUUCUUCUCCUGGUUCGGCAAGUAUGAAGGGCGUCGAGACUGCUGGAAGCUGAAGGACUGGCCGCCUUCGACGGAUUUCCGCACUGCCUUCCCUGAACUUUACGACGAUUUCGCCAACGCGACGCCGGUGCCGAACUAUGUGCGACGAGAUGGUGUUCUGAACCUUGCGUCGCACUUUCCGGGCAACACGGUGGCUCCUGAUCUGGGGCCGAAGAUGUAUAACGCGAUGGCAUCCUUCGAAGCUCAUGGUAGCAAGGGUUCAACGCGGCUGCAUAUGGAUAUGGCAGAUGCCGUGAACGUCAUGCUCUAUGCCGCACGAACGCCAGAUGGCCGCCCAGGAUGCGCGGCGUGGGACCUCUUCAAGGCGGAGGAUGCAAUCAAGUUGAGGAAGUACAUGCGCAAGAAGUUCAAGGGCCACUUCCAGCACGACCCGAUUCAUUCCCAGCAGUUCUAUCUGGACUCGGAGCAUCGGGAAGAGCUCUUCAAGGAGUAUGGCGUCAAGUCCCACCGUGUCUACCAGCAGCCUGGUGAGGCCGUGUUCAUUCCGGCCGGCUGCGCUCAUCAGGUUUGUAACCUUGCGGAUUGCAUCAAGGUGGCGAGCGAUUUCGUCAGCCCCGAGAAUAUCGAGCGCUGCGAGACGCUCACGCGCGAGUUCCGGGAGCAGAAUCAAUCCAUGGCGUGGAAGGAAGACGUGUUGCAACUCCGCACGAUGAUGUGGUUCGCCUGGCUUUCGUGCACGCGUCAAGAGAGGGAUGCGGAUGCCUGAACUCGGCUGGACUGGCUGUCAGUGUCUUUGGUUAUCGCUGUCAUGUUGCUUUGCUCUCGAAGCCGACUGUCUCAUACAUUACGUACAGUACUGCUCGCAAUGCCCUCCACCUACUGGUACCUG